AGGCGCGCGCGACGGGCGCGGCGCCGAGAGAGUUGCGAGGCGGAACGCUCUAUCGAAUCGGACCCGGGAUGUUCGAACGCGGUGGACGAGCGUACGCGCACAUGCUGGACGGUGAUGGGUUGGCGCUGCGAUUUGAGUUCUCGGAGGAUGGGACGUCGGUGGCGUUUAGGUCGAGAUUCGUGCGCGGGCGGGAAUUCUCCGAGGAGGAGCGCGCCGGGAAAAUUUUGUACCGAGGCACGUUCGGAACGAUGCGAGACGGCGGGGCGGUGGCGAAUUGGUUUGAUUUGCACACGAAGAACCUGGCGAACACGAAUAUUUUGUCGUGGGGUGACAAGGUGCUCGCGCUGUACGAGGCGGGACAACCGGUGGAGCUGGACGGGUCGACGCUGGACACCGAGGGCGUGGACGAUUUGGGCGGACGCCUGGAUCCUGGACAGUACUUCACCUUGGGGUUACCCGAGCCGGUCGGUUCGAUGAUCGAGCGCGCGGCCGGUCUGGGCGGGCGGGCGUUCACCGCGCAUCCGCACGUCGACUCCAAUACCGGUUUCUUGUGCGGCUGGGGAUGGAAAUCGCGCAUCACGUCUAAAGCGGUCGAAAUCACGCACUGGGAGUGGGACGAGAGCUGGAACGAGAUGGGGUCCAGCAAUUACGUCAUGGAGGGGUGCGAGGCGGCGCCGCAUGAUUUUGGCGUCACGAAGAAGUGGUACGUGAUGAUUCAAAACCGACUCGGUAUUGAUCCGCUUCCGUACCUCGCCGGCGUCAAGGGAGCGGGCGAAUGUUUGAUUUCGCAACCCGAGGAGCCUUUGCUCGUGCACUUGAUUCCUCGUUCGACGACGACGAAAUCGCAGCCCAAACCUCAGCCGAUCGUCGUUGAAGGUCCUAAAGAGUCAUUUGAAAUUCACGUCGCGCUCGCGCACGACGGACCGCCGCUGAGUCGCGGCGCCGCGACGGCGGAAGAGCUAGACGAGUGGGUGACGGUCUACACCGCCGGAUGGGACAAGCUCGCCCCGGGAGUUUUCUUAGGCGAGUGGGGCUCGAGCGAUCCAUGGCCGUUUCCGGUGGCCACAGAGCUGAGCCCUGAUUUUAACAACAUCCCGAGAACGUUGCUAUGGAUGUACUCGGUGAACACCAUGACUGGCGAGGUCAAACGUCAGCCAGCACCGGGAUGCGAAGAUCUAUGCAUAGAUCAUCCACACGUCUCGCCCCUUUACGAGGGCAAGCGCGAGUGCAGAUACGUGUACGCGUCGCUCAGUAAUGAAGUGCGCGUGAGCGGCCCGCCGCUCGGGUACGUGCGAGUCGAUCUUCUGACGGGUGAGCUUCAAAAGUGGUACGCGGGUAACAGAACCUUCUGCGAAGAGCCCGUAAUUGUACCGAAGAAGCAGGGUGCAAACGAGGACGAUGCCUGGUUGGUCGGUCUCGUGGCGGAACACUCGGACGAGAAUCCAGCUGGGCUUUCACGAAUCGUCGUGCUGGAUUGCGUAGACGUUUCGGCCGGUCCGGUGUGUGUCAUACCACUGUCGAACCGAAUUCCGCACGGCUUACAUGGGAUGUUUGUCCCGAAAGCCAAAAUGUAG